CCCACUUCCAACCACCACUGACCACCGCCGCCAUCCAUCAUCCACUUGCCGAUUACCACAAAGUUUGGAUACAUCCCGAGAAACUCGUAAGGAAAUCAACAACUCAGCCUAGGCCAAGCGGAAUUCAAAAUGGCCACCGAUCUUCAAGCUUACUUGGCUUCAAAGUAUAUGUCCGGACCCAAGGCCGAGGCUAUCCUUGCUGCGAAGACUAAGAAGAAAUCGAAGAAGAAAGGCAAACCAAACGAAUCCAGUCAACAACCUACCGCUUCGUAUUCUGGGAUGAUUCUAAAGGAUGUGGACGGGCAAGACGAGUGGGAUUCACGCGACGAUGAAAUUGACAUAGACCCUGUUGUGGAAAACGUUCCAACUUUCAAGGGAAAAGCAACAGCCGAGUCCAAGUGGGAGACCAUCAAACCAUCUGAACGGACCGAGAAACAACAAACACAAGAAGAAGAAGAAGAAGACGAAAGAGAAGCCGAGGAUGAAAGGCCACAAAUAGUGGCAAGUAGUUCGACAAAUGUUGUAGUGGGCGGCUUGCAGACAGCAGCGGAGAUCCGGGCGAAACUCGCGUCCUCCAGGCCGACAGUCCCAAAGCGAGAAGUCUCCGAUGACGAACCAGAAGAAGAUACGGUUUACCGAGACUCGAAGGGGAAGAAGAUAGACACCAAACAGAUGCGCGCUGAAGAGAAACGUCGUCAAGCUCGGGAACUGGAGAAGAAGAUGAAAAAGAUGGAGUGGGGCAAGGGUUUGGUGCAGAGGCAAGACCGCAAAACCGAUGCGGAAGAAUUGAGCAAGAUUGCUUCCCAGCCUUUCGCCCGUACCAUUGAUGACAAAGAUUUGAACGAUGAGUUGAAGGGAAAACAGAGGUGGAACGAUCCAGCCGCACGCUUCCUUACAAAAUCCAGUGACUCGACGACUAAAUCUACGAAACCGAAGUAUAACGGUCCUCCGCCACCGCCGAACCGGUACGGUAUUCCCCCUGGAUUUCGUUGGGAUGGGGUUGAUCGGUCCAACGGAUUCGAGAAAAAAUUGUUCCAAACCGGAAACGAUCAGAAAAGACUGCGGGCAGAGGCAUACAACUAUUCGGUUGACGAAAUGUAGAUCAAGAGCACCUUGGACCUCUCACCUGCUGACGGAGUUACCAUAUCUGUGGAUGUAUUCUUAUUUUUCUUAUCCUGCUAAAUACAUAUUUGGGUGCCCGGUCUGCAGUAACUAUCCUCUGUUGAGACUUCUACUAUGCCCUACCAUGCCGCCCUUGAAUUCUCUGACGCACACAAAGGACGCUGGGACCACCAUCAUCAGAUAUUCCAGUGUAUCAGAUAACAGUAGCUCUAGACAGCGCGGCUUGUUGUGUGCCAACCGGCACACAUGAAAUCAGUGCCCGCAUAACAUCCUAGCUCUUUUCGGUGUUACGCAUCUGUGCAACCUCAAGGGUUCAAAAUCUCAGUGGAUCCACCUUGAGUCUACAUGAUAUGUCAAUUGUCUACAGAUAAGGCAGUGCAUUAGGGAAAACAAAAUAACUAAACAAAAAAAACAACUAAUGAAGCGAGUUGUGAAAACAUAUUCUAGCAGAUUAAUUUGCACAUGGUACCAAGAAGAAAC